AUGGAGAAAAACACUGUUGAUUAUAGUCCUUUGCUUACUCCUCGUGGUGAUGAAAAUGCAAGCAAGACAGCAUCAUCUUCUCUUCCUGUGAAGGGCUUGUUUUCAAAAUGGACUAAUCUCAACCGUGAUUCACAGUUCAAAGCCAACAGUGUGUUGUGUUUUGCACGAAGCAUUUUUGUGGUCUUCACUGCCCCAUUGCUCAUAAUUGCAUUUCUUGCCAUUGCACACCUAAAUCUUACUGGGGAGGAUCAGCUUCAAGGGAAGAAGAGUUCCAAAUAUCCAAGUAUCCGCCUAUGGACAUUUCCUGUGCUUAUCAAAGGACCAUUUGGGGUUGUUUCUGCCGCAGAGCUCAUUGGGAUUGUCCUCUUUCUGCUGUAUGUUGUCUGGGCUACUUAUGUUUAUACUGUGGAGGCCCUUGGGCUUAUCUCUGAAACUCAUCAGUUAUCCUCUAAAGCCAAAAGAUUUAACAAUGAUGAACAUGAUAAAGCUGAUUUCCCUGAUUUACUUGAACUUUUUCAGCAUAUUCAUGAUUGA